CCGGACCUGCCUUUCCUUCCUUUCCCUUCCCUCUUCCCCCUCCUGCUCCCAGCUACAAAUGGGAGACUCGAGGGAGCCGGCAGGACCGGGGCUGCCUUCUCCCUGCCCCUGCUCCGGCUGCAGCCUCGCCCCGACGGUCGGGAAAGAAACCUCGCGGCCCGGCGGGGACAUCACUGGGCAUCUCACUUUUUCCCUGCUGUCAGUCACCCUCCUGGUGUCCUUUGGCUCCUCCAUGCUUUAUGGCUACAACCUGGCCGUGGUGAACUCGCCGGCAGUGCACAUAAAGGCAUUCUACAACACCACAUGGUCCCAGAGGUAUGGCCACGGGCUGGCCCCCGGCCCCCUGACCCUCCUCUACUCCCUGACUGUCUCCACCUUCUCCCUGGGCGGGCUGGUGGGCUCCCUGCUGGUGGGGGUGCUGGUGGAGCGCUACGGCAGGAACGGUGCACUGAGCCGCAGUUCUCUGCUCGUCCUCCUGGCCGGCGGCUUCAUGGGCUUCAGCCGGGAGCUGGAGUCCCCUGAGAUGGUGAUCAUUGGCCGCUGCAUCACAGGGAUCCACUCAGGUAGGUGCUGCUUGGGCUAUGGGACUGUGCACAGCCCCUUCCUCAGGCUCUGCACCCUACAACCCAUUCCCAGGCAGCUGCAGAAGAUUUUCUGUUCCCCAUGGCCGCAGGCUCUGCUGUGGAGGUCUCCAUGGGGCAGACAAGGCCACCUUCCUGGUAGAGGGGAGGUGUGGAUGAUGCUGGGCAUGGGAGGAGAUGCACCAAGAGCCUGGCUAGGCACCAGCACCCUUCUCCCCAGUGCCUCUCCCACCUCAGUCCCUCCUGUUGCUCCAGGUAUCUGUCUCAGUGUGGUGCCCCUCUACCUGGGAGAAAUCGCCCCCAAGAACCUGCGGGGUUUCCUGGGGCUCGUGCCCAGCAUCUUCAUCUGCCUGGGGGUCUUUUCUGCUCAGGUCCUGGGCCUCCCGGAGCUGCUGGGUGAGGACAGGUUCUGGCCCCUUUUCCUGUCAGUGGUGGUCGUUCCCGCCUCCCUUCAGCUCCUGCUGCUGCACUGCUUCCCAGAGAGCCCACGGUACCUGCUGAUAGAGAAGGAUGAUGUCUGCGGGACCACCAGAGCGCUGUGCCGGUUCCUGGGGACACCGGAUGUGCAGGAUGUGAUCAAGGAGAUGAAGGCAGAGCAGCAGUCGCUUUCCUCCAUGGAGAUGGUGUCUGUGUGGCAGCUGCUGUGGGACCGCUCUGUGCGCUGGCAAACGCUGUCGGUGGUGGUGGUGAACGCUGGCAUGCAGCUCUCGGGGAUCGAUGCUCAGAUCUGGUUUUACACCAACACCAUCUUUGAGAACGCGGGGAUCCCUGUAUCCCAGAUCCCCUACGCCACCGUGGGCACCGGCACCAUUGAAGUUGUUGCUGGGCUGAUUGGGUGUUUCACCAUUGAGAAGCUGGGCCGGCGGCCCCUCCUCAUCACUGGCUUCUGCACCAUGGGCAUCUGCUUGGCUGGCAUCACCAUCUCCCUGCUGCUGCAGACUACCAUGCCCUGGAUGUGCUAUGUUGGCGUUGUCUGUGUGAUUGGCACCAUCGCUGGCUUCUGCAUAGGACCAGCUGGUGUCCCCUUCCUGAUGACAGCGGAGCUCUUCACGCAGUCCCACCGCCCUGCUGCCUACGUUGUGGGGGGGUCCCUCAACUGGCUCUGCAACUUCACCAUUGGCUUCAUCUUCCCCUUCUUGCAGAUGUCAGCUGGUGCCUUUUGCUUCUUGAUUUUCUGUGGUGUCUGCCUGCUGGUGGCCCUGUACGUCUACCUUGUGAUCCCCGAGACCAAGAACAAAACCUUCAUGGAGAUCAGCCACGUCUUUGCCACUCGCAGCUCCUUCCCCUGCAUCCCAGUCCACCUGCAGAUGAAGAAACUCCAUGGCUAUGGGGCCUUGGAGAGCAGCUCCCUGGAGGACAAGAACUGCAACCUCCCCUGAUGUGGGUGCGCUGGGAAGGGGACAGGGAUGGUGGAGGAGGAUUGGGCCCGAGGAGGAAAAUGGGAGCCAAUUUCCUUGGACUCGAUCAGCUCUGGUUCUCCCAGGGCAUCGCACCAUGAUGCAGCCUGGAGCCAUGGUUGCACACACCAUUGUCCACCAUCCCUGUGUUGGAAGAGAUGUCCUCCCGGAGGAGGGGGGUUCACAUCACUCCUGUGGACUUGCCAGGAGCUGCCUGUGUGAGCAGUUUAAUAAACAGCAUUGCAUCCAGAGCCAUCAUUUGGCAAGCCCAGGCUGGGACAGCAGGAAACAAGCGUGCUGGCAAACAUGGGUGCUCCCCCAGUGCCAGGAAGGAGCAGGAUGGGAUGGGGCACUUGUCUGCCUCCCCACUGUGCCUGGCUGGGCAGGUUAGUGUUUCCCCACAUAUCCUAGGCAGGGUGGUAGGGUGGCCACUGGCCUAUUGCGCUCAUGCAAACCUGCUGUGGCUGAAGGGACAUGGAGUAGCUCAGAGCUGGGGGUGACACUCCAGCACCAUACCCACCCAUAGCCUGCUGGAAGCCUGUUGCUGCCCAGCCUUGUGUGCUGGCCCUACAGAGAGUGCUCCUGUGGGACCCCUGCACCCUCCCAAACUCUGCUGAUUUCAAAGGGGACCCUUUGCUGUGCCCUGUGAAUCGUUGUGACCCCAAGGUGCUCUCCAAGCAUGACCUCUCCCAUGUCUUUGUCCUGAAUCCUGCUGGUGUUGGGAGCUGCCCAACUGGGUACAGCAGUUGUACAACCCAGGAUGCUCACAGCAGCUCCCACAAACACCACGGGCUUGGGGCUCCCAUGGCAACAGACCCUCAGGGAGCUGUGGUUUGCAGGGAAACUGGGAUAUUCUGCUUUGGUAGGAGGUAAAGGCCAGGCAGUGGGGAGUGCUGCAUGGCCAAACCCCAGUGCAAGCAUCACUUACUCUUGCAAAUAAUUUAGCCCCCUUCCUUCUAGCUGGCAGCUCUGUGACAGCCACAGUUGUGGGUCUGCGGCCACUUGGUGAGGAGCUCACCCCUUCUGCAUCCCUUGGCAAAGCCUUGGGGUGCCUCCAGAGAUGGGGUGGGUGCUGGGCCCACUGGUUCCAGUGCCUGGUCCCAGUCUCUCCAUCCUCAGCAGCUGGCUUGGGGCCCUCCUGCAUCUCGAGCCAUUUAAAGGGCAGUCCAAGGGGGGUCACUGCUCUGCAGCACCAGCCGCUUCCCACUCUGCCUCCUUCCCGACUCGGCUGCUCUCGGCAGCAGAACAGAGCGGUAAAUAUGUGCAGCAUUACAUAUGUAUAAUGGAGUGUAAAUAACCCCAAAAAGUGCAUUGUAAAUAGACUCCAAGUUUAUCCUUUAUUAAUGAGGCACUGAGUGCCCUGCUGUUUUAGAGCAGCGAGACUUUGAUAAUAUCAAAACCUAAAUUACA